AUGAUGAAAGGAUUCAAAAAUAGAUUGACCCGAAACAAGAGUCAAUCGACAACGAAAAAGGGUGACAAGAAAGACAAGGACAAGAGUGAAAAAAAGUCAACGACGUCAUCCUCAUCCUCGGCAUCGUCAUCAUCAACAUCGAAUGUGGGCUCUCUGCAAAGCUCGAAGAACUUGAUGACCAACUCUUCAACCUCACUCAAAUCCAAUUCUCCAAGCCCUUCACGAAACAAUAGUUCAAACAGUGCAGUGUCGAUCAAGUCCACCAACAGCAAUACAACUAUGACAUCAGCAACCUCGCCACAAGGCCUGCCAACUACAGAAUCCCCCAGAAUUGUUGUCAAUCAAGACAGCCCAAACACUAUUUUUGGCUCCCCUUCGCAACAAUCAUCCAAUAGCUCUGGUGUCUUUCCAAAUUCUGUGUCGUUAGCAACAGGUCCUUCAUCGGCAGCAAAUAUUUCAGCAGCGAAUACAGGCAUUACCCCAACUACAAUGCCUUCAAUUGUAACGCCGAAUCAAGGGGCCGGUAGUGUGUCAUUUGGCUCUCAACCUAUCACGCCUACACCUACUUCACCCAAAAGCCCUACGUUUGAAGCCAAAGCACAUCAUAGUCUGCAAGGAGCGCAAUCCCAUCAUCAAUUGAAUCCAAACAUCUCUUCCCCUGGAAGAGAUUCUUUUGAUAUAGAUUUGAUCAGUGCCCCAAAGAGACAUUCGUCAUCUAGAUUUGAACCAACUUCAUCCGAUAGAUAUCAGGAAAUCCACAAGUUGCCAAAUUUUGACGAGGUGUUACCUGAGGACCAAAUUAACUUGUUUAUACAAAAGAUUGAUCAGUGUAACAUCAUGUUUGAUUUCAGUGACCCCACUUUUGACAUCAGAGGUAAGGAGAUCAAGAGGAUGACGUUGCAGGAGUUGAUUGCAUUCAUCUCGAACAACCGCUUCUCCUACACCGACGAGAUGUACAAGCAUGUUGUCAACAUGUUCAAGAAAAAUUUGUUUCGUCCAAUACCUCCUCCUGUGAACCCUGUUGGCGACAUUUAUGACCCCGAUGAAGAUGAGCCGGUGAGCGAGUUGGCAUGGCCGCAUAUGCAAGCUAUUUAUGAGUUUUUUUUGAGAUUCAUUGAGCUGCCUGAUUUUCAGCAUCAAAUUGCCAAACAGUAUAUCGACCACGAGUUCAUCUUGAGAAUACUAGAGUUGUUUGAUUCGGAAGAUCCAAGAGAGAGGGACUGUUUGAAAACGACAUUGCAUAGAAUUUACGGAAAAUUUUUGAGCUUGAGGAGCUUCAUUAGAAAAUCAAUCAACAAUGUUUUCCUACAAUUUAUUUACGAAACGGAAAAGUUCAAUGGUGUGGGGGAAUUGUUGGAAAUUAUGGGAUCAAUAAUAAAUGGGUUUGCACUUCCAUUGAAAGAGGAACACAAAAUCUUUUUGGUAAGGGUGUUGAUCCCCUUGCAUAAAGUAAAGUGCUUGUCGUUGUACCACCCGCAAUUGGCCUACUGCAUUGUCCAAUUCUUAGAAAAGGACCCCACGUUGACCGAGGAUGUGAUUAUGGGUUUGUUGAGAUUUUGGCCAAAGAUUAACAGUCCAAAGGAACUCAUGUUUUUGAAUGAAAUUGAGGAUGUAUUCGAGGUAAUGGAGCCCAAUGAAUUUGUCAAGAUACAAAUACCCCUUUUUGCCCAAUUAUCGAAAUGUAUCAGCUCAUCACAUUAUCAAGUGAGUGAAAAAAUUUUGUGCUACUGGUCGAAUGAAUACUUUUUGACGUUAAUCACUGAAAAUGCCGAGGUUGUCUUGCCGAUAAUAUUUGCAUCAUUGUACGAGUUGACAAACUCGACACAACCGGGAAUUGAGAAUGGCAUAAUGCAACAAAAGUUGGCCAACUUUCCUGACGCAACAGUGGAUGCUAAUGGCAACUUGAUCGAUGCAGGAUUGGUUUUACAAGACUUACAGCAAGGUAUCAUACCAAGCGCAAACGAUCCUUCGCAUCCACAUCACAAGAUCUUUCAAGUACACGCUUCAGUGAAUAAUAAUGGACAAAAUGGUGAAAAUGAUUUGCCAAUGUCUCUUAAUGGCGAAGGCAAUCCUCAAAACCGCAACAUUCACACCGACCUCAAUGGAAACGAGCUUUCAGACGAGGAAUAUUACGACCUGCUUAGCUCAAUGCAAGCAAAUGCAAGUGCAAAUGCAUCGAACUCUAGUAAUCCAUUGAGUGACGAGUUUGGUCCUGGAUUCGAUGAAGAGACAAACAUGUUACAGCACAAUUCAGCCACCUCGAUUUGGAAUAGAAAUAUUCACUCACUUGCUUAUGGUGCCUUGAAGGUGUUUAUGGACCACAACCCCGUAUUGUAUGACCACUGCACCAUGCUAUAUCACCAAUCAUUGAGUGAGCAGAAGAGCCGCGAAGCUGCAAGAAAAGAAGGCUGGGAAAAGAUUGAGAGAUAUGUUCAGCAGAUCAAGGCUCAACAACAGCCACAAAAUGAAAGUAGGGGAGUGUAUUAA